AUGCAUGCAGCAGCAACACAAAGGGCAAAUACUCAUGCUGCUGCUCUUGCUGCUGCUGCUGCUGCUGCUGAUGGUGCGGACGAUGAUGAUGCUGCUGAUGCGGCUGCUGCUGCUGCUGCAGCAGAUGAUGCUGCUGCUGCUGAUGCAGGUGCUGCUGCUGCUGCAGCAGAUGAUGCUGCUGCUGCUGAUGCAGCUGCUGCUGCUGCUGCUGAUGCGGCUGCUGCUGCUGCUGCAGCGGCUGCUGCUGCUGAUGCAGGUGCUGCUGCUGCAGAUGAUGCUGCUGCUGCAGAUGAUGCUGCUGCUGCAGCAGAUGCUGCUGCUGCUGCUGCAGCAGCAGAAAAAAGAGAGAUAGAGACAGAGGAGACAGAAGAAAAGGAGACAAAGAAGGAGACAGAAACAAACAAAACAAAAACAAAAACAGAUAAAGAUAUACAAGCAGUGGGGGGGGCAUGUGCAUAG